AUGAACGUUGAGUUAAAUUGUCCGCUGCCAAAAUGGAGUCCCCCUGAUUGUGAGAUGGAUUGUCCUGUGUGUUAUAACGGUGGAGUUUGUGACGACAAGACAGGUCUAUGUAUUUGCCCCGCAGGCUUCAAAGGAGAAUACUGCCAAACAUCUUGUGGAACAAGCAACAACUGGGGUCGUAAUUGUGAUGUAUAUUGCUCGACUGGAAAUGACGAAGCUUGUAAAGGAAGGCUUUAUUGUCCACCUGAUCCAUUCGGAUGCACCUGCAUCAACGGAUACGGAGGCAACGAUUGCAAUACAGAAUGUGCUAACAAUUACUAUGGCGCAGAUUGCCGUCAAGAAUGUCACUGCGAUUCAGGAGAAUGUGACAGAAAAACAGGGAUGUGUACAUCUGGAUCAUCUUGUUCUGAUGAUUACAUGGGACCAGCGUGUCAAGAAUUACGGCCGGGUCUGUCUUGCCCGUCUGGUUUCUUUGGUGUUUUGUGUAACUAUCCAUGUCAUUGCAAAGACUCAGCUGAUUGUAAUCGUAAUGGAAGCUGUGAAAAUGGAUGUCAUGAAGCAUGGGCUGGAACAGACUGCAGCGUAGCAAUGCCUUACAGUUCCAAACCGCCAAAACUUUUUGAUCAAACACCAACUACCCUAAAGAUUGCAUGUACCUGGGAUCCAGUUCAAGACUUUGGAACAGGAAUUAUUACUGGAUGCAAGUUAUGGUAUAAAACAUCGCAGACAAGUACAUUUACUACAGCUGUUAACAUUGAAAACGGUGUAUAUAUCAUUGGCAAUCUCUUACCACACACGAAUGUUGAAUUCUACACUCAGCACUCGAGAUUAGUGGGCGGCAAAAAGACCGAUGGACCACCUAGUGAACAUGGAUUAGCAGAGACUAUAUGUUCAAGCUGUUUGAAAUUGUUACUGUUGGUAGUUAAGAGUUUUAUUGUUGAUCCUGGGCCCUGUGGGAGAGCAGUGUUCAACACUGAACAGGCCACCCAGGUUAAAGAAGAAAUAAAUGAAUGA